CAGGCACGUUAAUGCUGGCUUUAAAUAGGAAGACGACGAGACAGUUGUGAGUCUGAAUUAACAGCUUCGAAGUGAAAGAUCUUUACGCUUCAGAAAACAACAAUGAUGAUCCAGGUUACAUUACUGAUGCUUUGCUGUUGCAUGUGCUCUAUCAAAGGUCAAUCUUUAUACGAUGAAAUCAUUUCUAAAGCCGCCGCAAUACGUUCGAAUGGAGGACCGACGCCGUACGGUCAUUCGAUGCAGAAGGUCCCCGGACCGGGAUCAUUUACAGGCCCGCAGCAACUGCCCAACAUUGGAUCACGAAUACCUUUCACGGUCACAUCAACGAAUCACUAUAAUCUGGCGGGACGCCAGAGCGGACUGGUCGAUAUUGAUGGCAAUAACGGUCACAUGGGUUCGUCUAUCGAUGAAUACCAGCCCAUGGGAGGCUAUAGCGCUGGCUUCACGUCCGGUGGGACAGCACCACAUUAUCCAUUCACGACAUACAAUGCGUCACCGCUCGUUGAGAGGGGGCCCUUUUCCUCGUUGUUUGGAAGUCGUCUUAACAACCAGCGGUAUCCCGCUCCAGCUUAUUACUCAGAUGGGGCAUUCGCAGUCAGUUCUGAUGACGCAUUCGAACAGGACGACGACUACCUGCAACUAGGUCCUAGCCAUCGAGACGUGGUCAGCUCCAAUAGUCCGAUUUACGACAGUCAGUCGAGCUCCGAACUUGACGAUUAACCAUAUUCUUGCAACUGUUCCAUAUUGCGCAUGACGAAAUGAGCAGUAUUGUUGCUAAUCUCUUUUCGUACAUGUAUUUCUUGUUUAUGUUUUAUUUCGUCGUUCAAUUUUAGACGAUACCCGGGCCUGUGCAAAUUAUUUCAUUUUAGUUCUUAUUUAUAAAUAAAUACUUGUUAAAUGUUUUUUACUCAUUGUGUGUAUAAAUACAAUUAUUAUAUGUAUCUUUAUA